GAGCCAAGAACAGAGUGAGCCCACAGAUCCGAUAAGAACAUUUACAAAAUGCUAGCCUGCAAGCUUCUUCUCUCGCUGGUGAUGGGAAUGCACUGCAUUCAGCUGAUAAUGGCAGCAUGUGUGUGCUCCGAGAAGGGAACGGACUACUGCCAGAGCUGCCAGGGAUCCACGGUGAUCCGUCCGAAGCCCCGGUACUACGAGCCCAGUGACGUGAACCUCUCGCCGAUCGGCGACAACUGCUGGUGCAGCAAGCAGCUAAUCGAACCGGCCCAAUUGCCCAAGACCUGCGGAAAAACCACGCCGUGCAAGCCCACCUGUUCGUGCCAGCAGGUGAGCUCGGACAGCAGCUACGCCUCCUCUUCGGUCUCGGGAUCUGGAUACUACGGAAAAAUUGACUAUGCGGAGAAGAAAGAGGACAACAGUCCCGCUGCAGAUCCCAUCAGCGUGAGUCUGGCCGCCCAGGCCGGCAAGGCCAUCAAUGUGCCGGAGGCCAAGUUGGCCUACGGUUUCGCCCAGAAGCCCGUCGACGGCGAGAAGAAGGUGGUAUUCUCCAACGUGCCCGAGGAGAAUCUCUUCAAGCUGAAGAGCGAGGUGAUCACGCUGAAGAAGCGCAACUAUGUGACCAAGCAGCAGGAGGAGGAGGAGGAGGAGUAUGCCGAGGAGGAGCAGGAGGCGUCCAGCGAUGAUGAGGAGGCGCCGCAGCUCACCUACAAGCAGCUGGGCUACAUAACCGAGCAGUACAAGAACCCCAAGUUCAAGAAGAUCACCAGUUCCCACCGCUCCAGUUACGCCUACUCCAAGGACUCCAAGGAUUCCGACGAGGGUUACGGCAAGGUGGCCGGCAAAGUGUCCGUAGAUUGCGGCUUCAAGCCCGGCAGGAUCACCUCGUACCGGAAGGCCAAACGAGAGGAGUCCGCUGAGGGCUACUACUGAACCACAAACUAAUACCAUCUAACACCGAUCCUUCCGUCUGUAAAUAUGUGUAUAUACGCUGGGGAAUGAAUGGAUGUCUGUCUAAGUUAGUGUUACAAAUAUAUAUUUAUACAAAGUG